AUGGAAGGCAUUUACCUCGAUGCAAGAGCGGGAGUCUAUGUGGGAUGGGAUCUACCGGGUGCUGAGAAGAGCGGGGGUCACCGCGAGGACCAGCUCCUCGUGGAGGGCGGAGUUGUGCAGAGCCCGGACCAGUCGGCCGCGCUGCUAGCCAGGACAUUCUUCGCCGAUGACGAUGACGGUACAGACUCCGAAGUCCACGCCGUCAUCCGAAGCCGAGCGGACCUGGUUGGCAUGCGCCUACCUGAUGACACCGACGACCCCCAGAUCACCAGGGGAGAGUUGCGCCGUGGAAGAGGCUUCUGUCGUGGUGCUCAGGAAACCAGCGCGUCCAGACUAUGCCCGCGCAAAGUCGUACCGCCCCAUUGGACUCCUUCCAUCUUGGGCAAGAUCUUUGAGAAAAUUCUGUGUCGUCGAAUCCGAUGGCACGUCUUGCCCAAGUCCAAUGCAAGGCAGUAUGGCUUCACACCGCAGCGGAGCACGGAGGAUACGCUGUAUGACCUGAUGCAGCACGUUAGAGGUGUUCUUUCCAGGAAAGAGACCGCCCUCAUGGUCUCUCUCGACAUUGAGGGAGCGUUCGACAACGCGUGGUGGCCGGCCAUAAAGUGCAGAAUGAUAGAGAAAGGUAUCCCCGUAAACUUGAGGCGUCUUGUCGAGGAUUACUUCCGGGACCGAAGCGUUGCCGUGCACUACGCGGGAAGGACUGUGCGGAAGGCGCAGACCAAGGGCUGUGUGCAAGGCUCUAUAGGUGGACCUCUGUUUUGGAACAUGCUGCUGGACCCCCUCCUGGACAGCCUGGAUGGCUGGGCGCGUACGUGCAGGCGUUCGCGGACGAUAUCGUGUUGGUGUUCUCCGGGCAUACUGCACUCGAGAUCCAGCGGGAUGCCAAUGCCGCCCUGGCUGUUGCGCGGGACUGGGGUGUCGUAA